GAUCAUUGUAUUCCCCCUGUCUGGCAACGGCAAAGAUGAAAGAACUCUAUCUUCUCGCGACAUCCGCGCUCCUGGGCCUGACCGUGGCCGCCUCGAGCUCGGCCUCGACCCUAGGCCUGCUCAAGGCUGAUGGCGUCUCCUUGGGAGAUUGGGAGACUGCCUACGAAAAGGCCGCAGCCUUUGUGGGAAAUCUCACCACCGACCAAAAGUUGGCCCUCAUCACGGGCAGCAGUGUGACGGCAGCGGCGACCAACAAGACCUUCUCGGCCCUGACCUUUUCGGACGGGGACAUGGGGCUGCAGGACUAUUAUUAUGUCUCGGCCUUCAGUCUGGCCUCUGCCCUCGCCAUGAGCUGGGACCGCGAGGUCUUUUAUCAACAGGCCAAAGCCGUUGGCACCGAGUUCUACAAGAAGGGCCAGCAGGUCAUCAAUGGUCCCACCUCGCAACCGCUCGGACGGACGCCCUGGGGCGGUCGCAUUGGUGAAGCCUUCGGCCCAGACCCCUAUCUCAAUGGCCUGGCCACCGGCCUGACGGUCAAAGGCUAUGUGGAGGCGGGUGUCAUAGCCGGGGCGAAGCAUUUCCUGCUCAAUGAGCAAGAGACCAACCGCACCGCCAACUCGUCGAGCCUGAGUCCCAAUCCCGAGUCGGGUCCGCUUCCCUACUCCUCCAAUACCGACGAUAAGACUCUACAUGAGGCCUAUCUCUGGUCCUUCUAUGAUGCCGUCAAGAAUGGCCUGGGCGCGGUCAUGUGCGCCAUGACCAAGGUGAACAACACCCUCAGCUGUGAGAACAAUGAUCUCUUGAUGAAGCAUCUGAAGACCGAGAUGGGCUUUCCCGGCAUGGUCUAUGCGGAUACCAAGGCUCAAAGUGGCGCCAUCGAGAGCGCGUUGAAUGGAGAGGACUAUGGAUCCAAUUCCAUCUGGACCACCUCGCUGAUGAAAGCAAUCCUCGCCAACGGGACGCUGAGCGAAGAGCGGCUGGAUGACAUGGCAAUCCGGAACACCAUCGGGUACUAUUUCUCCCAUCUGGACAACGGCCAGCAGCCAGCCCAGCAGUCUGAGGGAGCCUUCGUGGAUGUGCGUGGCAACCAUUCCAAAUUGAUCCGUCAGCACGGUGCUCAAUCAAUCGUCUUGCUCAAGAACGAAAGAAAUGCACUUCCACUGAAGACUGUGCGCAAGAUGGCCAUCUUCGGGGCGCAUGCGGGAUCAAUGACCGCUGGUCCCAACGGCGCCAUCUCAAUCGAUGGCUCCGGACCAACCUACCAGGGUCAUCUUGCGACGGGGUCCGGCUCAGGGCAGGCCUCCUACCCUUAUCUAGUCACGCCCAUGGUUCCCUUGACGCUCAAAGCCAUUGAGGACGGGACCAUCUUGGACUGGAUCCUGCAGGACAAUUACACCGAGAGCGCAGCGUCCUCGCAGAUCCAACCCCAGGCGGAUAGUACCUUUGUCAACCCAUCUUACGUGAAUCAUGCUAGCAGUGCGGACGUAUGUCUAGUCUUCCUCAACGCGCUUGCUGGGGAGGGCAAGGACCGCACCGAGCUCUACAAUGCGGAUCAGGACAAGAUGGUGCAGACUGUAGCGGACAACUGCAACAACACCAUUGUGGUGAUUAACACCGUCGGACCGCGCUUGUUGGACCACUGGGCCGAGCACACCAACGUGACGGCUGUCUUGUAUAGCUCCUUGUUGGGACAGGAGUCCGGUAAUUCCAUUGUCGAUGUUCUUUACGGCGAUGUCAAUCCCUCUGGCCAUCUGACCUACACCAUCGCGAAGAAUGAAAGUGACUAUCCAGUCAAACUGUGCUACACGUCGCAAUGCAACUUCACCGAAGGCGUCUACCUGGACUACCGUCACUUUGAUGCCUAUAACAUCAUCCCCCGCUAUCCCUUCGGUCACGGCCUCUCAUACACGACCUUCGACUACGCCAACCUCACCACUACGUCCGCAUCCUCAUCGAUCUCCCUCUCCCGCGCCCCAACCGGCCACCGCGCCGUCGGCGGCUACAGCGACCUAUGGGAUACGGUGCACAGCAUCUCCGUCACAGUGCGCAACACCGGCGCGGUGGUGGGCGCCGCCACCUCGCAGCUGUAUCUCGGCUUCCCGGUCGCGGCCGACCAGCCGGUGCGCCAACUGCGUGGCUUCGAGCGCGUCCAGCUUGCCCCCGGCCGGCAGGCGACCGUUCAUUUCCCCUUGCGCCGUCGCGACAUCUCCUAUUGGGAUGUCACCGCGCAGCAGUGGCUGGUGGCUGCCGGACAGUACCAGGUCUACGUGGGUGCCAGUUCGCGCGAUCUGCAGCUGAAUGGCACCUUCACUGUGCAGACUCACCACUAGAUCAUCAGAAUUUGGGUGAUAUUAGACUCGGAGGGGGGAGGGAUGGUGCUUUCA